GACUUUGCAUUUCCGGGAAGGUUGUUUUGUUUACAAACAAUUUUCUUCCCUCUCAGCUCGAGCACACUGCUCGGGAUGGCUGUGCACAGUACAGCCAUCACAAUCAGUGUGCUUACAGUGAAUAACACACCCCCACCCCCUAUUAAAGCACACAGUUAACCCUUUGAUCACCCUUCACAUUAACCCCUUCAUGCCCAGUGCUAUUAGUACAGUGUCAGUGCUUUUUUUAGCACUGAUCACUGUAUUGGUGUCACUGGAGAUGUCAGCGACAUCAAGUUAGUUCCCCCCAGUGUCAGAAUGUCCACCGCAGUCCCGUAAU